AUGCGUAUAUAUGAAUCGGUAUUUCAGACUUUAGAUGACACCGUCGAUCACCCGGAGACCACCAUUGCCAAUUCUGACAAUGACAUAGAAUUAAUGCUGCCGCCUUCUCUGCGCAAUCCAGGUCGUCGCAUGCAACUCACCUCCUGGAAUAACCCCGAUUCACUGUUAAUCGAGCACAACGCCAUUGCACCGUUUUGCCGGCGUCCAACACAACUUGAUAUCAACGUGUUGAUCGAGUUCCCCUUUCUUGACAACUUUACUAAGGCGACUGGCUUCGUCAGCUCAUUUGGCUGUGGCACAAAGCAGCAAAGACUCUCCAUCACACUGGACCCAAUCAGGGCGAACCCGAGCGAGAACGCCUCGCCUAGGGAAGAAAAAGUGCUAAACCCGGCUACGCACUGGGUUGAGAUCGCCCGAAACAUGCUGGUUCAAGGGACUAAGGACACAGCUGAUCCAGGUGUGUCACUGUACGUGACGCAUAGGAUAGUUGAUCAAAUUCGAGAGACAGCGAUAAAACAAUAUCACCGCGGUUCUGCUGACAUCCACUGGUCAACUUCCGUAGAAGCCCUUUGUUACGAGUUCUUCAAUCCGAAGAACCUAGACAAGUGUUUAGCGCUCUUUUGGUCUUGCUGGUAUCCGAACUGGCCCACGAUACAUGCACCAACUUUCAAGAGGGUAGAGAAAUCACCGUCACUCAUUGCUGUAAUGGCUCUUGUUGGUGCUUGUUUGUCGGCAGAAGAUCACGAUCAUGCCUCAGCUCAACUUUGGUUUGAUUUGGUCGAAGACCUCGUCUACAGUGAUGCCGCUUUUGACGAUCAGAACAUUUCGAACACGUGGAAGGAGUCGACAAAUACCGAUCGUCGAAGCGCACACUUGCAGACUCUCCAAGCCGCCUAUUGUGUUUGCCUGUAUCAGACUUGGGAGGGAAGUAAGCGGAGUAAAAGACGCGUUCUGCGGCAAAGGUUUAAUGAUCUCGUUUAUCUAGCACGAGAUAUAGGACUAGAUCAAGCCUCACUCAGGUCGAUCGAUACGUCUGACCCAGCUGGUUUUGACUGGGAGGAAUACGCUCUUCGAGAGUCGCUCAUUCGCAUCUGUUCGUAUAUCUGCAACAUCGACGCCAGUUACGCCCUAUUUUUCUGCCAUGUACCUCGUACCACUUUGUCCGAACUGGUCAUGGAGAUUUCGUCCCCAGAAUCUUGCUUUCAAGCUUCUUCAAAAGAAGAGUGCUUUAUUGAACUUAAGGUCUGGCGUGAAAGGAUGGGCAUCGAUGCGACCAACAUGAACGUCUUGAGUGCCGUUAUUGCGCUUUGCGAUAACGCGAUCAUGAGAACGCCAGCGAUGCGUCGCACUUUUGCUCAUCUUAGUGUCCUCAGCAUGUUCACCAUCGUCCACGCGCUAUAUCUACAGGUAUAUAGCCUGGCAAACUUCUCAAUGACUGCGCCAGAUACAACAAGAAUGACCUCAGUCGAGAACGCAUUGCGGAACUGGCAGCAAUCAUGGCCGUCGCAUACGCGAGAUAUGGAGUUGUUCGAUCUAUUGGAAAAGGCAAGUGAUUUGUCGACGAUGUGGCAGCGGAUUGGCUUUAUGAGAUAUGCGCCUGAGUACUGGCUGAUAGCAUAUUCGACAGUAAAGAAGAUGUACAAGCAGAACGAUGGAAUCUCUCAGAUUUCAGAAACUGCCAUCACUGUUGGAAAUCACGACAUGAUCGAGGCACGAAGGCUGAUCGCUGAGCUGAGAAGUGGAGCCAUUGUUCCCAUCGUGGACAGCUAA